AUCCAUCUUAUGCGCCAGGACGUCUUCAAUUACCACUUCAGUCACUAGACAAAGCGCCAGCGUACACCAUGUCUGCUGUUCUCCUCUUCUGCACUUCAAAAGUCCCCGCUAGUACAAUCAACAGGCUCAUGCAAGAAUGUGCUCUACCGGACGGUGCAUUCAACUUCUUCAGCCUAGUCCGCACCCCCGAUCAGGAAACCCUAGACGAAUGGAAUACGGAACCUCUGAUCCAUGACUUCGACACCGGUUUCGAGGGCAAACGCGACACCGAGUUGCGCGAAUUCUUCCAAGCCCGCUUAGACAAACACACUGACUCCCAGACAACCAGCAUCUCUGACUCAUGGAUCGCGGUGCUUGAUGAUGAAUCCCGUUCCCAGAACACAGUGGUCCUGCACUACUCCUACGAAAGGUCAAGCUGGGGUCCGAAUCCGAUUCCGGGGCCUGCGGAGGUUUCUGGUGAUACGAUUUGGUGGAAGUGGAGGGUGCCUUUUCGGUCGGCUUGGACAUUCUGGAAUACUAUCAGCAGCGUCGGAGAAGAUGCUAUUGAGAUAUAUUCUAGGCCUGAGUAUAUCAGCUCGGAUGGUGUUUUACAGACGGAGACUCCAGAAAAGAUCAUUGAUGGGGAGAUUGAAGAUCCAAAGGCUUAAACGGUAUGAUCGGGUCUCGAGCACUUCUUGGUUUUAUUGUGCUAUAUCUCUCGCAAGCUGCCUAGUUUUGAAUGUCCGCCCACUCAGAAAGCACACAAUAAUUUGGGGUUGGAGCCUUUUAGCGUUCAAUAAAAUUCCCUUCUAGGAUUCCUGCAUCGAG